AUGUACCGAGCGGCUCGAAUGGCAGUCCCGGAAAACCAAGAUUUUGAAUCGGACGAGCAUUUUGGAGUGGCAAGCACUUCAGAAGGAGCUCAAGUAGAACAGAAAAUGCUCAAACUCGAUCGUGCCUUUAUUGCUCAACAUGCACUUGACGUCGAGUUCGCCAUUGUUUGUCGAAAUCCGUUGGACGGAAUCUACAUCAUUCCGAGUGCAAGUGAUCCAUUCAGAUGGUUUGGAAUGUUAUUUGUGCGACGAGGCGAUUAUGCUGGAGCCAUUCUUCGCUUCACGAUACAAAUGCCUUCCGAUUUUCCGCAAACCGACGAACUGCCGGUGGUUCACUUUGAGAACGAGGUUUUCCAUCCGAAUGUAAAUCUGAAAACGCAUGAGCUUGGAAUGUCAAGAUAUUUCCCCGAUGGUUGGAAGCGAGAUAAACAUCACAUUUACAAUGUGUUACUCGUUGUUCAGCGCAUUUUCUUCUCCCUGCGAGUACCGAUUGAGCAUGCGACAAAUCCCGAGGCGGCGAUUUUAUACGAGAGUGAUAAGGACAAAUUCCGCGAAAUGGUGAUGAAUUGUGUGAAUCAAACGCGCGUUCGCAUCUACGACGAUCCACCGCAAAUCGCUGAUCCGAAUUCGAUUUGGGUUUCCCCGUGGAAUUCGACCGAGCACGAACCGCAACGGAAGCUGAUGAUGUUGCUUGGGAAAGGAAUGGGUGGAGAGAACCAAGCGUGGAGCGAGCGCGGCCACAAGGGCGGAUUCUCGUGGCUCGAUCCGGAGAGAAUGACUUAUAUGACUGAACCAUUCACAAAUGCUGAGGAAGAAGCGAUGGACAAAGCGGCUACCGACCGGGCAAUUCAUGGAAUCGAACGCCUUGAUUUGAGUCUCGUGAAUGAUGGAGAAGAAGAGAUUCACGAAAAAGGAGAUCAAAUUCAACAAGAAAAGCAAAUGAAGAAAGAACAAAAUAUUUCUCACAAAAAAUUGGCCCUAGCAGAGAAAAAUGGAGACGGGAAACGAGAAGAAACCAGUGAUGUU